AUGAGGAUCCUUCUUAGAGGAGGCGAGUACCACGAAAGCACUGAGAGAGUGCCACCCAGACUUGUCCCGGAUUGGGUGAAACAGCUUACCGACAAAUUUAUGAUCAAGACUCGAGCCGAGAAAGCAAUGGCAGAGGACCCGAAACGGUUUGAGGGUCAUGCUGUUCCACUGCCAAUAAACGUCCUCAGCAAUCUGCGGGUUUAUAUCUGGAACGCUGUUCAAACUCCAGAAAAGAGCAGGAAAAUUCCAGGGCACAACAAACAGUUCCUAUUGAGCUUAGGAGAGUCUUGUGCUGAUUUGCUUGAGUAUAUUGGAUUCACACGUGAGGGAGAGGAUUGGCUACCACCAGAGCCUGAAGUCCCUUCGCCAGACUAUUUGUCAAAUUCACUCAACGUUCGCUUGGAUGAUCUACUUAGGGAACUGUAUGUCCUUAUCUUCGAGAGACCGGACGAUGAGAGGAUUACUAUGAACUAUCAGUACAUCCCCGAAUGGGCGAAGAAAGAUUUAAGUGCCGUACUAGGUUGUCUGGACUUCCGGCAAAGCACACGCUCUCGGACCGUUGAUCUGACCGAGGCCAAGGAAGAGCACCCAUGGCACGCCGGAUUAGGUGCUACCGCCGACUUCCAUGACGAGCUCAUAGAAUUCUCUUAUGAGCGACAACUAGAAAUGGAUCCUUAUAACACUCCAUAUUACUUGGAGUGUCUCCAGGGAAUAGCAAGGGGGCGUCACAGCGAAACCCUUCACACUAAAGUUGCGAUAGAGGCUUCCGAGAACCGAAUUAGCUUGAAGGACGUCAGGGCCGCCUUCAAGGAGCUUGGUCUCGAUUCUCGGUCUGACUACGAGGACGACACUAUCAUUGGCACGUUCCAGUCAAGAGUUUCUGAUGCCCCUAAACAAGAGACAGAGAUGCGAAGGGCUUUAAAGAUAAUUGGCCAAAGCCGCAGAAGUGAAAAGAUCGAAUUUGUAGCCUCCCAAGCUGUCACGAAUUAUGAACAAGCGCUUCUCUACCUCGAAGCGUCCGCCGAUUUUACCGAUGACUUUAUUGUCUCGAUGUAUACUGUCAAGAUCGAUCAACCAUCGUCAGAGGAAUCUAUAGCACGCCACGCCGUCGCCCUGAUUGCCGAUCACCGCAAGAGUAACGCUCUCAAGCAUUGGCUUGAGACCGGUGCACUGGGCGAGGUGGAGAUGGAUGUGGGUCAGGCAUAUGUUCGCCUGGACAUCAGUGACCGAACACUUGACGACGAAAUUAUUCUUGCUCAAUACGAGUCCUUGAUCGCAGACAGCCCAUCUCAGGUUGGCGACCUGAAGAAUGCUCUCGCGGCAAUUGCAAAAGCGAAGAAUUCUCGACGCCUCAAGGGCUUCCUGAAUCUUGACAUGAACUCAUCGGAGCAUCCUAUAUCCGAAUGGCCAGUAGGACUAGAGAAUAUUGGCAAUACAUGCUACCUCAACAGCUUGUUACAAUUUUACUUCACCAUCAAGCCGCUAAGAGACCUUGUCUUGAAGAUUAAGGAGUUCAAGAUGCCGACAGAUGGAGAGAGUCUCAAAUCAAAACGAGUAGGAUCUAGGAAUGUGUCGAAAAAAGAAGUCGAUCGUGCGCAGCAAUUCGUCGAUCAACUGAAGAAACUUUUCGAAGAUAUGAUCGCUUCUUCCAAAGCUUCAGUAACGCCAGAACCAGAACUUGCCCGCCUCACUCUUGUAAGUUCUUCCAAGGAGGAACACAUACGUCGUCAGUCGAUGCUCAGUCCUACCCGUCCUUCACUGGGGCAGAUCAAUGGCAGUCCUGUAUUUGGUCCCCUGGGUCCUCCAAGUCUAUCUCAGAAAGACACAGAGAUGUCUGAUGAGGCGCCACUCGAAGCUAAAGACUCGAAUGCCGUCAACAACGAUCCCAGCGGCGAUGACGCGAGCGAUAUAACUUUGGUUGAUGGUCCGUCUGCGACAGAAGAUGAUGUUAUGAUCUUAGAUGAUGAUGGUGAGAAAGGCGUACAACAGAAGUUCUUCGAGGAUAAGGAGAACAUGCCGCCCACCAAAGAAUCAGUCAGAGAGACCUCGCCAGAGACAUACUUGAGACCGCUUGGCGAGUCUUCCCCGUCCCGUGUGAAUGAGCAGCAAGGCUCCUUAAAUCUUUCGAAUGGGAUGGAGAGUGAGCCCCAAGAUUUCAAUAACGGAAACUCAAAGUCAUCCGAGACUGGACAAGGUGAUUCUGGAGAUGAAAAAAAAUCGAUUCCUGCAGCGCCGCCGAACAGACCUCCGCCAGUCCCGCCAAGGCCAAAGCCAAUAGAAACGAAUGCUGUCCAAGAGGCCGAGUAUGGCGCUCAACAGGACGUCACUGAAGUCAUUACAAACGUACUGUUUCAAUUACAAUGUGCUAUCAAGGCCGAAUCCGUUGACGAAUCUGGGGAACAGAUUGACCAAGUCAAACGCCUAUUCUUUGGGAAACAGAAAUCUUACACGACUAACAGACAAGGGAGAAUCAGGACCAAGGAAGAAUAUAUGUCCGACAUCAAGGUCGAUGUAGCUACCGGUUCCCGUGAUAUCUACGCAGCUUUAGACGGCGCCUACGAUGUCCAGGAGGUUGAAGUACGUGGAGACAUCGAACCACAGUACACAUCAAUCAGUCAACUCCCGCCUAUCCUGCAAGUACACGUUCAACGGGUCCAAUUCGACAUGGUGAAGAAGUCCGUGUUCAAGUCGAAUCAUCAUCUGGAAUUGAAAGAGACCAUCUACAUGGAUAGGUACAUGGAUUCCUCUGAUGCAGAUUUAAUGCAGAGACGUCGAGAAUGCUGGGAAUGGAAGAAGCAGCUCACUAAAUUGGAAUCGAGGAGGGUCGAGCUUGCCACUUCAGAUAUGGGGAUGGACAUGCCAGAAAUUCUAGAAGCCACAAGUGAAUUCUUGCGCCAAAUUCCCGACUUGGACGACAAAGAUCCCAUCGAGGUUCCGCCCGGUUUACUGCAAGUGCUUGACAACGCUGCAACAGAGGCCAAAGUGGAACUAGAGUCCCUUGACUUGCAGAUCAGGGACCUGAAGUCCCACAUUGCCAGCCAAUUCAACGAUCUUCAAAAGCUCCCAUAUCGAUUGCAAUCAGUUUUCAUCCACAGGGGUUUCCAUAACUCUGGUCAUUAUUGGAUAUACAUCUACGAUUUCACAAGGCAAUUGUGGCGAAAUUACAACGAUGGUUAUGUAACGGAGAUCAAAGACACCAAGGAGAUCUUCGAGCAAGAACCUGGGGAUCGACCUGCUACGCCAUACUUCUUAGUCUACGUCAAGGACGAAUCGAAAGAAGACUUAGUCGAUUCUGUAUGCCGAGACGUCGUCGAGCCGCCGGCAGAGGAGCAGCAGGAUACUGUGAUGGAAGACUAUAGUCAAGCUCAAGAAAGCCAAACAGAUGGCAACACCUACAGGCCGGUCAAUUCAUCUAUGGACUAUGGCACAGUAGAAUCCUACAAUAGUCAAGGCUGGACUCGUGGUGAAGGCUGGGUAGAUAGCAGUCCCUGGAAUCAGAAGGAAGCUCAGGACCAAUGGCAGAGGAAAAAGCAAACAAAAGAAGAGGCACGAGCUGCUAAGCGUGCAAAGCUUGAUCCGGACAACGCAAAGAGUGCAAAAGAUGUGUUAGAUGAGCAAGCCACAAAUGCUCGGAAAAGGAAGCGAGAAGAGGAGGGCGAGGUUUCAGAAGUGGAUGAUAUGGAGGUCGAGAAGCCGAUACCCAGUUCAGUCAAGAAAGGUAAUCAGACGAAGAAGCAGAAGAGGGAGGAGAAGGAAACAGCCAGUGAUCGCGCCGAACGGAAGCCGGUCAAUGACACUGCAGUGGAUGAGUAUGAACCAGAUCCCGAGACCCUGAGAAAAGCUACGGCAGAGAAGAAGAGGCAGAAGAGAGAACAGAAGAAGGCUAAAGAGAAUGGAAAGGCUGCAAAGGCGAAAGCGAAGAAGGAGAGAAAGGCACAAGAGGCUGCGCUUGAGGAAGACUCUAAAGAUGCUGCAGCCGGUGCAGACUUUAGCGAUGAGGAUUACGAGGCCGUUCAGAAUGCGGUGAUUGAUCGGAUUGAGAUGGAAAACAUCACAGACGAACCACAGAUCGAUCUUUCAUCUACAGCUACACCGUCGACAAGCCACUCUCCUGCCUUCGACGCUUCAGCAAACCAUUCGGGCUCCUCCUCCAUCUCAUCAAUCGCACUUCCCACCGCAAGAGAAGACCCUCAACCCGCAAAGCCGUUACAUGAAGAACCACAAGAAGAACCACAGGAACCAAAACCCACCCCUGAAGAUAUCAAGGCUCGCUUCGCAGCCCGCAUCGAAGCCAUGAAACGAGCCCGCAACGCCGACGGUCUCAACGGUGCACCCGCUCGCAAUCGACAAGAACUAAUGGAAGCUCGCCGCCAAAAAGAAGAGCAACGGAGAGCCCACAAGAAGGAGUUGCGCCAAAAAGCCAGAGAAGAAGAGCGGCGGAAACGCAACGAGACCCUAGCUCGCGGCUCUCCACUCCUUUCAGGGUCGCCUCUGCUCUCCCCAGAUUCACCUCUUAACGCACCCUCAUCACCUACCAGCAACUUCGCCUUCAGCCGUGUCGAUUUCGCCGACGGCCAACAUGCCUCCGCCAAUCUGAAUGCCAUCAUUGAGUCAAAGACCAAGCCAAAAGGCCCAUCAGAUCCCCGGACCGCACUUCUAGCGGCCCAGAAGAAGCAAUCCCGCCUCAACGGCCUCGAUGAGAGCCAAAGGGCCGACCUGGCGGAGAAAGACACGUGGCUCAACGCUCGUAAGCGAGCGCACGGUGAACGUAUACGCGAUGAUACCUCUCUGCUCAAGAAAACGCUGAAGCGCAAGGAAAAGCAAAAGAAAAGGAGCUCAAAAGAGUGGAAUGAACGGCUCGAUGGCGUGAAGAAAAGCCAGGACAUGAAGCAGAAGAAGCGAGAGGCCAAUUUGCAGAAGCGGAAAGAAGAGAAGGGGAAGAAAGGUGGAAAACCGGGUGCGAAGAAAGGGAAAGGGAAACCCAAGGGAAGGCCAGGAUUUGAAGGAAGUUUCAGAGCCAAGGCGCCGAGUGGAGGAGCGGACGGCGGGAGGAGAAGGUGA